CGGCUCGUUCUUCUCGCGAGGAGGCACAUGCUGCUGCUGCCGCUGCCGGACGCGCUCGCGCAUACACGCUUCGAACUGCAGCCCGCCGAGUCGACUCACGUUCACCGUUAAAACAGAAACCGUUAACCGUCGGCAAGCGCCGCUCCAUCGGCUCGAACAUGUCGCUGGUGGAGGAGUAUGCCGAGGGGGAGUACGAGCGAGCGCCGAAGAGGCUGAAGACGGCGGAGGUGGAGGAGGGAGAGGAGCUGGAGGAAGGCGAGGACUCGGACUCAGCAUCCGCGGGGCUGCUAGGAGACGAGGAGGAGGAGGAGGAGGCGCGGCGGCCCGGCGGCAAGAGCAGAGCCCGCUGGAGCGCGUCGAAAUACGGCUCUGGAAGGAAGGAUAACGGGGAUGAGACCCACAGGAUUGCCCCAUCUCCCGUGGUCCAUGUUCGGGGGCUUUGUGAAUCAGUGGUGGAAGCUGAUUUGGUGGAGGCCUUGGAGAAGUUUGGAAACAUAUGCUAUGUGAUGAUGAUGCCAUUUAAGAGGCAGGCACUGGUGGAGUUUGAGGACGUGGAGAGCGCUGACCGCUGCGUGGCAUGUGGCUCCAACGAGGCCGUGUACAUUGCGGGACAGCAGGCCUAUUUCAACUACUCUACCAGCAAACGCAUCACCCGGCCUACCAAUGCAGAUGACCCCAACAGUGGAAACAAAGUGCUGCUGCUCUCCAUUCAGAACCCACUCUACCCCAUCACUACGGAUGUUUUGUACACUGUGUGCAACCCCAUUGGCAACGUGCUGCGGAUCGUCAUCUUCAAGCGCAAUGGAAUCCAGGCCAUGGUGGAGUUUGAAUCCGUCCAGAACGCCCAGAAGGCCAAAGCGGCCCUCAACGGAGCCGACAUAUACGCCGGCUGCUGCACACUGAAAAUCGAAUACGCUCGGCCCUCACGCCUCAACGUCAUCAGAAAUGACAACGACAGUUGGGACUACACCAAACCCUUCUUGGUCAGAAGAGAACGUGGCAAAGGCAGACAGAGGCAGGCCAUACUAGGGGAGCAUCCGUCCUCCUACAGCAACAACGGUUACGGGUCACACUGCCCCCUGCUGCCAUUGCCCAGUAACAACCGGUUCAAGAGGAGUUCCCAUGAGGUGCCCGACGUGGUGGCAUACCCUCUGCCCCAAACCUCCUCCUACAUUGCCCACUCCUCUAGCUCUGUUGCCAUGGUGAGUGGCCUGCAUCCUACCAAGAUGAACUGCACCCGCAUCUUCAACCUCUUCUGUCUCUAUGGUAACAUUGAGAAGGUGAAAUUCAUGAAGAGUGUGCCAGGCACAGCCCUGGUGGAAAUGGGAGAUGAAUACGCAGUUGACCGUGCCAUCACACACCUCAACAGCAUCAAAGUCUUCAGCAAGAGGCUCAAUGUUUGUGUGUCCAAGCAGCAUGCAGUCAUCCCCAGCCAGGUCUUUGAGCUGGAGGACGGCUCCAGCAGCUACAAAGACUUCGCCAUGACCCGCAACAACCGCUUCACCAGCGCCGGGCAGGCCUCCAAAAACAUCAUCCAGCCACCCUCCUGCGUCCUGCACUUCUACAACGUCCCUCCCUGCAUCACCGAGGACGACCUGCUGAGGUUAUGCACGGAGCACGAUGUGCCAGGCUUCAUCAAGUUUAAAAUGUUCGAUGCCAAACCGAGCUCCAAAACCAUCUCGGGGCUACUGGAGUUCGACAGCAAGACCCACGCAGUGGAAGCCCUGACAGUCCUCAACCAUUACCAGAUCAGAAUACCCAAUGGCUCCAACCCCUACACCCUGAAGCUGUGCUUCUCCACCUCCUCCCACCUCUGAGAUGGAGCAGGGGGACACCCACUCCAGACCACUGCGCUGUUUACAUGGGAUGAUAGAAGAAGGAAGGGCUAAGGAACGUGAGGCGAGCGGAAGGGAACGGGGGAUGAUGCACACUGUCAUGGCCCUUAGUGUGAGGACUCCAAGCGCAAAACACUCAAGAACCAUUUUCUUCUUUUUUCUGACUCUUACACACUUUCCGUCAUCCUUUUCGACAGCUGUCUCAGACUCUGGUGUAACCAGAAACCGACUGACUUCAUGAUAAAUGAGACAUGAUGAUGUCAUCCCAGCCAAUCCUAAUUGGCCACUGGCACUGAAGCUAUGUUUCCCAUGGCAACCGCAGCGAGAUGAAAUGAACAGGGAUGUGUUUUUUGUUUGUUUUUGGUGUUUAGCCAAAUCCUUUUUUUUAAUGUUUUGUUUUCUGUACUCUACAGAAUGUACAAAGCCCAAUAAUACAACACCGUAUGAUUUAUUGUUAUUCUAAUGUUACUGACCUGAUAAUUAGCUGGAUGAACCACUCAAUGAAUCUAACCGAUGUGGUGUAAUGAGUAUGCGUAGACCUAGAGAAGAAGAUAGAGGUGCCUGGGAAACGAGCAACCUGUUAAUAGACUGUAAUUUAGAUUCUUCUGUGAUAUUUAUGUGUAUAGAUAACGAGUGAGUCAUGAGGUCAUUAUGAGAAUUGCUGGGGCACAAGGGGCCUGAUUUGAUAAGCCGUGUAUAGCCAGUGCAAACACAGUAACAUGCUCUAUGUGUGGUUAAACUAUUCUUGGUGACCAGCUACUAGUUUUACCGAAAGCACCAGUCAAGAUCAUGUGCUAAAGGCUUCAUUAGGGUUGGCCCCUAGUGCUUUUAUUAAUGAUUAUCAAUAGUGGGGAUGAGGUGUUAGCUGUACAUGACACUGUUGCUCCAUAGCCAGACAAGAUGACUUAUAAAGGUAUCUGAAAUUGCCUGUGCCAGUAAUUGGAAUGUUUACACAUCUACUCGGUUUGUUUGAUGGGUGGCAGGCCACGUAGUAGCGCUGCACAACAAGGACAAAAUGCUAGUAUCAUAUUGUUGAAGUCAUGCAGCAUUCUGUGGUCUGCGUCUUGCCCAUGUGAGGAACUCCAGGUCUAAGCAGAUUUUCUGUAUGAGAAAAAUGAAUAAUACAUUUUGUAUUGUGCACAUUUACCCCCUGACUGUUACUGGAUCUUCAGAGUUAUGAGGUAAUUUUAGCAGUAAAAAUACAAAUAAUGCUACACAAAUUACAAGCAUCCUGACAGUCCCACACUGAAAUUAAGUCUGCUAUUAAAACCUAAUUCCAAAAAGGUUGGGACAGUAGGUUAAAUGCAAAUAAUAUUAGAAAGCAGUGAUUUCUUAAUCUACUUUGACCUGUAUUUGAAUGAAAAAGUACAGUUUUCUAAUUGCUCCUUUGGUUUUAUUAGCAUAGCACUGUCUCAGUGUUUUGGGAAUUGGGUCUGCAUAUGAUGUCAAUUCAGUGUACAGCUGUGUAUGUACCAAUAUUCAGAAUUUAGCUCCUUAACAACCUCAUAAUUCAGAGGAUCCUGCGACAUUUGAAGAAAAAAUGUCGCUGGAAUAUUUUUGUUUACCUCAGGGUGCAAUAGUAGUGAUUUUGAAAAUGCCAUUAAGUUUUAUCAUAGAGAGAACCAGUUUAGACCCAGAGUUUCUAAUAGGGCAUGACACCAAUUACUUCAGAGGCCUAUCGUGAUUGCAAUUCACUUUCCAAUAUAUUAAAAACUCCUCAAAUUGAUAAUGUGACAUGGCUAAAAAGACUAGAGAGCAUUGUUUUGACCAAAAUAAUGUACUCUUGUUAAAUACCUCGAAUCAUCAAAACACUCACAGAAACACUCAUCUUAAACUGUGAUUGGUCAAAAUGCUCAUGGCAUACGACAGUAAAAAUCAUUGUGCCUCGUUCACCAGCCGUUCUUCCUCAAACCCACUUAGUUUUCAUGAAGAAAUUUCUUCUUAAGAACAGUUGAUGAGUUACGACCAUUGUGAUGUUUAGAGAUGCUUAUUUGCAUUGUGCAGACCAUUAUUGCAAUAAUGUUGAACAAGUAAUCUAUUGUGUAGCCUUUGCCUUUUUGAAUGGGUGCAGAAAGGAAUUGGGAACGGCUAAACUAAAAAAAUUAAAACAGGCAAGAAAGUUCUUGAAGUGUGAACUCCGUACUACACGUAGUCUAACUGUGGAGCACAGUGGGAUAACAGCUGUGGGAGGAGCCUUGCAGAUCCAUAAGUCAUGUGUACGGUAUUCUCAGUUUACUUGUCCAUGUGUGUAAUUGGCACUUCACCACAUCUGCAGUUCACUGUGAGCAUGUCCAGCCAUUAAAACAUUUGCCAGUUGA